AUGGGAAGCGGCAGCCAACGUGGAGCAGAAGCUGGCGAUGUAGAUGAAGUGAAGGGCCUGACGGUGGCCACCCGCCAUGCCGGGGAUAAGGCAGGCAAAGGUGAUCACUGCGGAGAGCGAGGAACCAAGAUCGCCAGAGCUACAGACGUCAAUCCCAGCUAUGAUCAAAGGGGUUGGACGGUUUGCCAUGGCGUACGCUCUAAUCGAGUCCAAGACAAUGCUCUUUUGAAGCUGCAGAUCCCGAUGCGCAAUUUCUUCCCCCAGAAGACUGGUAAUAACUGCCAUGAGGUGUUUCCAUUCCUUGAGUACGGAGUACCAUCACCACAUGUUGUUCGUUCACAGUCUCACUCACUUCACCGUUCUUCCGCGUUCUAG